AUGGAAGGCUCUGGAAAGUUCUUAGUCACCGCUGUGGGAGUCCACUCUCAAGCGGGUAUAAUCUUCACUCUUCUUGGAGCCACAGAGGGCGCAGGAGCCGUUGGCUUCGGUGAAGUAGAGGGCGAGACUGCAGGAACGGUUGCACAUUCAACAAUAACCUCCACGACGGCCUCUGGUGGUCCCACUGAUAAAUCAAGUGUUCAAACACCAUUACUGAACCAGAAUAGUCAACAGCAGCAGCAAGGUGUGCCGGAUGGGAUAGGAUAUCAAGGUGAAGAGGCAAUGAACCCCUCAGGAAUGGAAAUGGGACGAUUGAACAAUCUUGGGGACCAUACAGCACCAAUUGGAGAUAACCUGAACCUGGAUCCCAUACUCUCUGGAAAUGGAAAGGGUGAAGAUAUUGGAAAAUCCAUGCCAGCUGAAAAGCCCAAAAAGAAGAAGCGAACAAAGAAGAAGUCCUCUGUGCUGCAAGCUAAACUUAAUCAUCUGGCUGGAGUUAUUGGACAAAUUGGCAAGUCAAAUGAUCGUACGGUAAUCGCAGUUCUAACAGUGCUCAUCCUCUUCAUUAAAUUCGCUGUGAAUACCUACUACAUCAAUAAGGAGCCCUGGAAUACAAGCUUACACCUGAAACAAUUCAUCCACUUCAUUAUCAUUGGUGUCACUGUUCUUGUUGUGGCUGUUCCUGAGGGUCUCCCGUUGGCUGUCACGAUCUCACUUGCCUACUCAGUUAAGAAAAUGAUGAAGGACAACAACUUGGUUCGUCAUUUAGACGCCUGUGAGACCAUGGGUAAUGCGACAGCUAUCUGCUCGGACAAGACAGGUACUCUUACCACUAACCGAAUGACUGUGGUGCAAUGCUAUCUUGGCGGUAUUCACUCCAAGGAUUCAGCCAAUCUACCCAAACUAAAUCAGCUCAAUCCCAAUUUGGGUAAUCUGCUAAUUCAUGGCAUCUCGAUCAACAGUGGCUACACUUCUCGAGUUGUGCAACCCAAGAAACAAACGGACCUACCAACUCAAUUGGGAAAUAAGACGGAGUGUGCUCUGCUUGGAUUUGUCCAUAAUUUGGGGGCUUCCUAUGAGGAUAUUCGUCAACAAUGGCCGGAGGAUUCUCUCCUCAAAGUCUUCACCUUUAACUCAGAGCGCAAAUCCAUGAGUACGGUUAUUCGCAGUUUAGAUCAAAACAAGCGUGGCUAUACUGUCUUCACUAAGGGUGCCUCCGAAAUGGUGCUGAAAAAGUGA